GUUCUUGGCUGGCGUAAGACGAUUAAUAAUUCAGAAACUGAUUAUAAAUGCGGUUGCGUCUUAAUAUCCAGUCAAUUUGUAUUGACAGUAGCGCACUGCUCCGAUUUAGGCGGAGAAUCUCCAUCGGUAGUUCGUUUGGGUGGUAAAAAUUUGAACGAUCAGAAUAUAGAAGAAAUUAAAGUUGUACAAGUCAUUCCACAUCCACGCUACGACCCGGCUUUAGCUUAUAACGAUAUUGCCGUCGCGAAGUUAGCAAAGCCAUCGAGAGCGUCUCCUGUAUGCUUAUGGCCUCAUUCGGAUUUACCACAACAAAUGUUAACGGCCGCAGGUUAUGGUCAAACUAAAUUUGCUGGGCCCCGGUCUAGUAAUCUACUUAAAGUGUUUGUGAAAGCAAUGACUAAUGAAAAUUGUGUUCGAUUUUACAAGCAUGAGGAACGAUUAAAAUACGGCAUUGACUUGGGACAAAUUUGUGCCGGAGAUCCGCAAGGAAAAAUGGACACAUGCCAGGGUGACUCAGGUGGGCCAGUAAUAAUCAAAAUAUUUAAAUAUGAUACUCAAGUCCCGUAUUUAGUCGGUUUGACUUCAUUCGGUAUGGGCUGCGCUAUAGGAGCACCAAGCAUAUACACAAGAAUAUCCCAUUUCCUUAAUUGGAUCGAAAAAAUAGUAUGGAGAACAUAA